AUGACCUUUGGCUUGUCAAGUCUUAUUUUUAGAUCAUUUUCUUCUUCUUUUCGUGUUAUGCCUUCAGCUGUACCGAUUCAAACUCCAAAUGCAGCACAAAAUCUUGAUAAAAAUGAACUCUAUUUAAUUGGUCCUAAUUUUUGGAAUGUUCGUGGUCGUUUCAAAAUAUUAAAACUUAUUGACGUUGGAACACAAAUGAUAAUAAUAAAAUUACGAAGCGAAAAAUGUCUUGUUACUGAUACGGUUGAAAUGAAUGAUUGUCUUUGA